GGACGUAGGCAAUUUGUUGAACCACUUUAAAAUUAUUUUGUGUGAUUUUUGAACAGGUCGGAAGGCACAAUAGUGUUUUCUGGGAGCCCAAUAAUGCCGGCUAGAACAGAGGUCGAGCAAAUUCACCGGAUUUUCAAGCUAUGUGGCACACCUUCAGAUGAGUAUUGGAAAAAGUUGAAACUAUCUUCGAAAUUCAAAAUUCCACCGUUCAGACCUAGCCUUACAGAGACUUUCAGCGAGUUCCCAGCAUCUUCUUUGGGUCUGUUGAACACUUUUCUUGCUCUGGACCCAGCAUAUAGGGGCUGUGCAUCCUUAGCUCUCCAAAAUGAAUUCUUUUACACAAGUCCAUUGGCAUGCGACCUUUCAGAUCUGCCUGUAAUCUACAGCGAAGAUAAUGAACUGAAGGAUGCCAAUGAAGAGAGAAAGUACAGGAAUUCUCGAAUGAAACAUCGGUCCAGGACAGUUCGUGAGCGCAGGAGAAAAGAUCUAGUCACUGAAAAGCCUAAGGAAGAUAAAGAAUAUCCUCCAAAGGAGCAGCAGAAGACUGCAGAGCCAGAUGUACAAUUCCAAGAGCCGGAUAGCACUGCCAGCAGUGCUUCCUCUGGUGUAAAGCCAGCAAGCCGUACAGAAAGCCCAAUUUUAACUACAAGUAGUACCUCGUCUGGUGUAAAGCCCUCCAGCCAAACAGCGAGCCCGCAUUUCUCGUUCUCCCCAGAUGUUUCUUUCAAUCCAAGAAUGUUACCGAAGACACAUGAGGCUCAUCCUAAUUCUAGCAAGAACACCAGGAACCUGCCUCCACUGCCCAUCUCUGCAGUGAAAGAUAAUAAUAUGUUCAGGUUUAAGCCUGUCCAUAGGUCUGCAUCCACAAGAGAUUUCAGAAAAACAGGUCUAAGGAAUCAUUUUGAUCAUGUCUAUGCAAUUGAUGAUUAGGACACUUGAGUGAUUAUAUGUAGUUCAGACAAGUAUUUUUUCUCAAGUUAUUACAGACUAUCUGUGAGUUUCAUAACCAUUUUUUUUUUCUCCUUUUUGGGCGAAAACGAAUAAACAUGUUGUUAGUCAGAAGACAUUAUGCAACAAGUGGUCACCUGUUAUUGGUGAUAUGCCCUUGAGCUUGAUAUAAAAGGUACUAAUAUUGUCCAA